UGUAUAAAAGGUUCAUUUUAUUGUGAUGCUUUUUGACUGGCCUAGGCCUCCUGUCAUUGUGAUGUCGUUGCUUUUUCCCUGGCCCAGGCCUAGGCAUUGUGAUGUCAUCACCCUGUACAAACACUGUACACUGGUCUCACUGCGGCCAGUAUAACUCACCAGUGAGAGGAGAGCACAGGGCAGAAUGAAUCUGUUUGUGCUUUUACUCAGCUUUUUUAUUUUUAUUUCUUUUUUUAUAUCUUUCUCUGAAAAUUCUAUACUUAAAACUUGUGGUAUCCGACCUCUGGUAAAAAAUCACCAUCGAGUACGCCGUGUAAUCGAAGGAAAUACUCCUGAGCCGGGCAGUUGGCCAUGGAUGGCCAGCAUUCAGUUGCUUUAUAAAGACGGCUAUGGGUCUGCUUGUGGUGGCGUGCUUUUGAGCAAUCGUUGGGUUGUAACGGCAGCUCAUUGCCUAUCUGAUUUAAAGAGAUAUCGCCACUUAGCACGAAUUGUGCUUGGAGCACGUGACUUGACGCAACUGGGACCUGAGACACAGAUCAGAACUAUCAAACAAUGGAUACAGCAUGAAGAUUUUGAUCAUAAAACACAUAAAAAUGAUAUUGCGCUGAUUCGGUUAAAUUACCCAGUUAAAUUCAGCGACUACAUACAGCCGGCCUGUUUACCCCCUAAAUCUUCUAAUGUCUACAAGAUGGAUGACUGCCACAUUGCCGGUUGGGGACUUCUAAAUGAAAAACCUAGAACAGUCACAACUAUGCUGCAAGAAGCCACUGUGGAACUGAUUGAUCGCAAGCGUUGCAACAGCAGCGACUGGUACAACGGAGGGAUACACGACGACAAUCUCUGCGCAGGCUAUGAGCAAGGAGGCCCCGAUGUCUGUAUGGGUGACAGUGGUGGCCCCUUAAUGUGCAAGAGAAAAAAAGCAGGCAUCUAUUAUGUGGUUGGAAUAGUAAGCUGGGGAGGACUCUGUGGUCAGCCACACAGCAAUGGCGUGUAUACUUCAGUCCAGGAUUUUGAACAAUGGAUUUUCAACAAAACCUCCAGCUCAAACCCAAAAUACCAUUAUAUGAGAGCGACUUCUAUGAAUAUCAGCCCACCUUCAAACCAAAGGAACAUUGAGGGAAAUGUGGAAUCUGUUACUAUGGAAAAGAAUGAUUCAAGCCAUUCUUACAGUACAGGUUCCAUAUUUAAUCAAAUCAUAUCUUUUUUCAAAAUGAUAUUUUCUCCACACGGAAAGUCUGAUCACGCAGAAAACUUGUGUAGGAAUGGUCAGGAGAGUACAGAAACCCCACCUGUGGAGAUAACUACUAGAAUGAUGGAUCGGGAGACUAUAUAUAAUGGUUGCCUCAGCAGCCAUGCACCCGCUAUGCUAUCUGGUCAGGCUAUGGCUCAUAUCCUGGUCAUGGCCUGUCUCAUUGCCUUGAUUAUCUGUCGAUGAAACCUGUCUAUUUUCUGACUGUGACCUGCAGUGACUCCAGCCUGAGCUUGUCCGUCAAUUCCAGUGCCAGCCUUAUCAAAGUGUCGGACUUUAGCUGAAACGUAAAGGACUAAAAUAAUUACUAUGGCAAACUAUGAAGAUAACCAUUAGUUAGCCAGUAAAAGGCAUUACGUUUAGUCCAAGGCUAGCCUGAAACUGCCAGGAUGGAAAUGGAGUCAGCGAUGAAUACCUGUUAUUAUUAUGUUGUCAUGUUAACUUGACAAAAUCUGUGCCUUUUGUAUAUUUCAAAUAAAAAAAAAAAAA